AUGCCUGGCUCUCCUGCUUCCUCUGGCGCCGCGCCCUCGAGCGCUCCGACCACGGCCCAGCCUGCUGCGCCCGCUACCUUUGGCGACAACAAGGGCAUCAAGUUCCACAUCAAGACGGGCAACAGCCGCUGGGCUUGCACCCUGCAAGACCGCUCCGCCUAUGAGCGUAUGAAGGCUGCCCGUACCAACUCCAUGGACUCGGCCGACUCCAGCGCCUCGAGCACCACGUCUUAG